UCCUGCUUCCCCCAAUGGCUUUUGUCUUUGCCCUUUGGCUUCUCUCUACCUUGAACUAUUCCAAUAACUGCCGGCCUCUCCAAAGCGUAUAAACCUUCUGCUUUGACCAUACACCAAGCACAGCUGAGGAAUUACAUAGCAUCAGAAAUGGACACCAGAAGAUCGAACCGAGGCGCCAGACCACCUCCCAAGAAUGGCCACAACGAUAACAAGGAUGAAGACCUCCUCCUUUUCCGGGAAUUGCACCGCCGCGAGAAGGACCGCACCAUGAACCUCCUCCUGCCCAUUUCCAAUGAGUUCGAGCCCAAUGGGAUCCCAGGCAACUAUCCUCUGCCUAUCCACAGAACCGCCUCGGGUAAAAGUGAGUUCCUUGCCGAGAAUGACAAGAAUGAUUACGACUGGUUGAAGACCCCCCCGGCAACUCCUCUGUUCCCUUCAUUAGAGAUGGAAGCUAAUGCAGUGGACUACCCAAUGCAGCGGGAAAUACCGAUUUUGCAGCCUCUUUCACGGGUAAUGGUACUAUCAAUGACAACGGCCAUCUCAGCUUUCUAUAUUGAACCGUAA